AUGCGCGGCGCCGGUGGCCCCCGCGGCCCUCGGGGCCCCGCUAAGAUGCUGCUGCUGCUGGCGCUGGCGUGCGCCAGCCCGUUCCCGGAGGAGGCGCCGGGACCGGGCGGGGCCGGCGGGCCCGGCGGGGGCCCCGGCGGGGCGCGGCCGCUUAACGUGGCGCUCGUGUUCUCGGGGCCCGCGUACGCGACCGAGGCGGCGCGCCUGGGCCCGGCAGUGGCGGCGGCCGUGCGCAGCCCUGGCCUGGACGUGCGACCGGUGGCGCUGGUGCUCAACGGCUCGGACCCCCGCAGCCUCGUGCUGCAGCUCUGCGACCUGCUGUCGGGGCUGCGCGUGCACGGCGUCGUGUUCGAGGACGACUCGCGCGCGCCCGCCGUCGCGCCCAUCCUCGACUUCCUGUCGGCGCAGACCUCGCUGCCCAUCGUGGCCGUGCACGGCGGCGCCGCGCUCGUGCUCACGCCCAAGGAGAAGGGGUCCACCUUCCUGCAGCUGGGCUCGUCCACAGAGCAGCAGCUCCAGGUCAUCUUUGAGGUGCUGGAGGAGUACGACUGGACAUCCUUUGUGGCGGUGACCACACGUGCCCCCGGCCACCGGGCCUUCCUGUCCUACAUCGAGGUGCUGACUGAUGGCAGCAUGGUGGGCUGGGAGCACCGCGGGGCACUGACACUGGACCCGGGAGCAGGCGAGGCCGUGCUGGGUGCCCAACUCCGCAGCGUCAGCGCGCAGAUCCGCCUCCUCUUCUGUGCCCGGGAGGAAGCCGAACCCGUGUUCCGGGCAGCGGAGGAGGCUGGCCUCACGGGGCCUGGCUACGUCUGGUUCAUGGUGGGGCCCCAACUGGCCGGAGGCGGAGGCUCAGGCGCCCCUGGAGAACCCCCUCUUUUGCCAGGAGGAGCCCCACUGCCUGCCGGGCUGUUCGCCGUGCGCUCGGCUGGCUGGCGGGAUGACCUGGCCCGGCGGGUGGCCGCUGGUGUGGCCGUCGUGGCCAGAGGUGCCCAGGCUCUGCUACGUGACUAUGGCUUCCUGCCCGAGCUCGGCCAUGACUGCCGUGCCCAGAACCGCACCCACCGAGGGGAGAGUCUGCAUAGGUAUUUCAUGAAUAUUACCUGGGAUAACCGGGAUUAUUCCUUCAAUGAGGAUGGCUUCUUGGUGAACCCCUCUCUGGUGGUCAUCUCCCUCACCAGAGAUAGGACUUGGGAGGUGGUGGGCAGUUGGGAGCAGCAGACUCUCCGCCUCAAGUACCCGCUGUGGUCCCGCUAUGGCCGCUUCCUGCAGCCGGUGGAUGACACACAGCACCUCACCGUGGCCACGCUGGAGGAGAGGCCCUUUGUCAUUGUGGAACCCGCCGAUCCCAUCAGUGGCACUUGCAUCCGAGACUCUGUGCCUUGCAGAAGCCAGCUCAACCGCACCCACAGCCCUCCUCCGGACGCUCCCCGCCCGGAAAAGCGGUGCUGCAAGGGCUUCUGCAUCGACAUUCUGAAGCGGCUGGCGCAGACCAUCGGCUUCAGCUACGACCUCUACCUGGUCACCAACGGCAAGCACGGAAAGAAGAUAGACGGCGUCUGGAACGGCAUGAUCGGCGAGGUCUUCUACCAGCGUGCGGACAUGGCCAUCGGCUCCCUCACCAUCAACGAGGAGCGGUCCGAGAUCGUGGAUUUUUCUGUGCCCUUCGUGGAGACGGGCAUCAGCGUCAUGGUGGCCCGCAGCAACGGCACUGUGUCCCCCUCCGCCUUCCUCGAGCCCUACAGCCCUGCCGUGUGGGUGAUGAUGUUCGUCAUGUGCCUCACUGUGGUCGCCGUCACCGUUUUCAUCUUCGAGUACCUCAGUCCCGUCGGCUACAACCGCAGCUUGGCCACGGGCAAGCGGCCUGGCGGCUCAACCUUCACCAUUGGGAAAUCCAUCUGGCUGCUCUGGGCCCUGGUGUUCAAUAACUCGGUGCCCGUGGAGAACCCCCGGGGGACCACCAGCAAAAUCAUGGUGUUGGUGUGGGCCUUCUUCGCCGUCAUCUUCCUCGCCAGCUAUACAGCCAACCUGGCCGCCUUCAUGAUCCAGGAGGAGUAUGUGGACACCGUGUCUGGGCUCAGUGAUCGAAAGUUCCAGCGGCCCCAGGAGCAGUACCCGCCCCUGAAGUUUGGGACGGUGCCCAACGGGUCCACGGAGAAGAACAUUCGCAGCAACUACCCCGACAUGCACAGCUAUAUGGUGCGCUACAAUCAGCCCCGCGUAGAGGAAGCGCUCAUUCAGCUCAAGGCAGGGAAGCUGGACGCCUUCAUCUAUGAUGCAGCAGUGCUCAACUACAUGGCCCGCAAGGACGAAGGCUGCAAGCUCGUCACCAUCGGCUCAGGCAAGGUCUUUGCCACAACCGGCUACGGCAUCGCCCUGCACAAGGGCUCCCGCUGGAAGCGGCCCAUCGAUCUGGCACUGCUGCAGUUCCUGGGGGAUGAUGAGAUCGAGAUGCUGGAGCGGCUGUGGCUCUCCGGGAUCUGCCACAAUGACAAAAUCGAGGUGAUGAGCAGUAAGCUAGACAUCGACAACAUGGCGGGUGUCUUCUACAUGCUCCUGGUGGCCAUGGGCCUCUCGCUGCUGGUCUUCGCCUGGGAGCACCUGGUGUACUGGCGCCUGCGGCAUUGCCUGGGGCCCACCCACCGCAUGGACUUCCUGCUGGCCUUCUCUAGGGGGAUGUACAGCUGUUGCAGCGCGGAGGCUGCCCCGCCGCCGGCCAAGCCCCCGCCGCCGCCGCAGCCGCUGCCCAGUCCCGCGUACCCGCCGGCGCGGCCCGCACCUGGCCCCGCACCUUUCGUGCCCCGCGAGCGUGCGGCGGUGGACCGCUGGCGUCGCACCAAAGGUGCAGGGCCCCCGGGGGCCCCGGGCCUGGCCGACGGCUUCCACCGCUACUACGGCCCCAUCGAGCCACAGGGCCUGGGCGUGGGCGAGGCGCGCGCGGCACCCCGGGGCUCGGCCGGGCGCCCGCUGUCCCCGCCGGCCGCGCAGCCCCCGCAGAAGCCGCCGCCCUCCUACUUCGCCAUCGUGCGCGACAAGGAGCCGGCCGAACCCCCAGCCGGCCCCUUCCCCGGCUUCCCGUCGCCGCCCGCGCCCCCGGCCGCCGCCGCCGCCGCCGUCGGGCCGCCGCUCUGCCGGCUGGCCUAUGAGGACGAGAGCCCGCCGGCGCCCGCGCGCUGGCCGCGCUCCGACCCUGAGAGCCAGCCCCUGCUGGGGCCCGGCGCCGGCGGCGCAGGGGGCGCGGGGGCCGCGGCCGGCGGAGCCCAGGCCGCGCCGCCCCCGUGCCGCGCCGCGCCGCCCCCCUGCCCCUACCUGGACCUCGAGCCGUCGCCGUCUGACUCGGAGGACUCGGAGAGCCUGGGCGGCGCGUCGCUGGGCGGCUUGGAGCCCUGGUGGUUCGCCGACUUCCCCUACCCGUACGCCGAGCGCCUCGGGCCGCCGCCCGGCCGCUACUGGUCGGUUGACAAGCUCGGGGGCUGGCGCGCGGGCAGCUGGGACUACCUGCCCCCACGCAGCGGCCCCGCCGCCUGGCACUGCCGCCACUGCGCCAGCCUGGAGCUGCUGCCGCCGCCGCGCCAUCUCAGCUGCUCGCACGACGGCCUGGACGGCGGCUGGUGGGCGCCGCCGCCCCCGCCCUGGGCCGCGGGACCCCCGCCCCGGCGCCGAGCCCGCUGCGGCUGUCCGCGGCCGCACCCUCACCGCCCGCGGGCCUCGCACCGCGCGCCCGCCGCCGCCGCUCCGCACCACCACAGGCACCGGCGCGCCGCGGGGGGCUGGGACCUCCCGCCGCCGGCGCCCACCUCGCGCUCGCUGGAGGACCUCAGCUCGUGCCCCCGCGCCGCCCCCGCGCGCAGGCUCACCGGGCCCUCCCGCCACGCGCGCCGGUGCCCGCACGCUGCGCACUGGGGGCCGCCGCUGCCCGCCGCGCCCCACCGGAGACACCGGGGCGGGGACCUGGGUACCCGCAGGGGCUCGGCGCACUUCUCCAGCCUCGAGUCCGAGGUAUGA